GCAAAAAUUAUGAUAAUGAAUGUAGAGAAAUGAAAUUAAUGAAAUUAGUGUUCUUGAUAUGCGAGUGUUGAAACGUUUGGAAAGGAACGUGCAAGAAGUUAUAAAAAGGAAGAUUUAAUUAUUAAUGAUAAUUUUUGUUCUUUUUGGUGAAAAUUAAUACCAAUUAUAAGAAAGAUGACAAGAGUUGGACAUAAAUAAGUGCUUCGACUGUUUAAUGUGCUUUAUUCUCUCACUUACUUGGGAUUAGAGAAAUUCUUGCAACUUUCUGCCAUAUAAUAUCGUGAAACACUCUUUAUUGGAUUAUAAGUAUACAACAGUAACAUCAAAUGCGAAUAUCAUAAAUGUGAUUAUGGUUUAAUCAUAAUAAUCAGCAAUUCUGAAACAAUGAAAUAUUUCGACGGAUGAAAAAUGGAAUUUGUGCAUUUAUUACUGUACCUGGGCGUACUUUUUACUUUUAUAAAUACAAACAAUAGUAAUAGCGAUGUCUCCAAAGCAAAAUCAUCAUUAUUUAGUUCAGCAUCACUUCACGAAGAGAAUAAAGAAUCUGAAGAUGACGAAAUACAAAAACGACCAAGCAAUAACAAUCACAAAAUGGGAUGGUCGGGUUGGUCCGACUUCUCAACUUGUUCGCGGACAUGCGACGGUGGUGUAGCUUAUCAAUUAAGACGCUGUCAUUCGCCUUCUGGAUGUCGUGGAGAGUCAGUUCGCUAUAAGAUUUGUAAUAUGCAAGCAUGUCCUGAUCAACAAGACUUUCGUGCUCAACAAUGCGCUGCAUUCAAUGACGUUCCAUACGACGGUGCUUUAUUCGUAUGGUCGCCACAUUAUGAUUACUCAGAGCCUUGUGCUUUAACUUGCCGGGGGCGACCAGAGCAUUUACGUAAUGAAAAACAUUCGGAGGAGCAUCAAGAUGAAUCCGAUGAGGAUUCAGAAGAGACGAGUGUGAUUGUACAGCUGACAAAUCGGGUUCAGGAUGGUACACGUUGUAGACCAGGCAGUUUGGAUAUGUGUAUUCAAGGAAAAUGUCAGCGAGUUGGAUGUGAUCUUCGAAUUGGAUCAACAAAGAAGAUUGAUUCCUGUGGGGUUUGUGGUGGUGACGGUUCAACUUGUACGCAACCACUUUAUCAUUGGGAAAUUGCUGGCAUGUCAGUUUGUUCAGCGAGUUGUGGGGGAGGUUACAAGAUGGCAGUGCCAACGUGCAAAAAUCGUUUAACUGGUGUUGACGUUGAAGAAUCACUUUGUAAUGCUGCUUCACGACCAGAGUCAACUGUUGUUCAGUGUAAUACUCAUGCAUGCCCACCAAAAUGGAUCUCGGAUGAGUGGGGGCCUUGUAGUAAGUUGUGCGGGGGUGGAGUAAGAGAACGCUUAGUGGUUUGUGCGGAAGAGAGUAAUGGAGCGAGACAUCGUGUGCCCGACGACGCUUGCAGCAAUAUCAGACCAAAGGUCCAAGAGAUUUGUAACACUCAUGAUUGUCCCAAGUGGGAAGUCACCGAAUGGUCGGGGUGUUCUUCAUCUUGCGGUAGUGGAAUACAAGUCAGAUCCGUUGAGUGCGUUGAUAUUCAUGGAGCACACAACACUCAAUGCGACCCAGAAACUCAACCUCCUGCAUUUCAAAGUUGUGCAGUUGGGAUUCCUUGCACAAGUGAAAUUCCAACAACCGAAUUUCAAGAAUCUUACUCAAGUGAACGUCCAAAUGGAGGUACUUUGAAUCUAGACAGUGAUGACAUCACAGAAGAAGAAGAAGAGGAUGAAAGUGACGGUUUGAAACUUUCAAAAGAAUCAAUUGGCAAAUCAAUAUCUAUUGAGAAUGACAAUGUUGAAGAGAAUGAUGAUGAUGAGAUGGAUAUGCAAGGAGAUGAUCCAAGAGACCGGAAUAAAAAAGUUCCAAUGGCUUAUCAGUACCGAAUUCCAAGAGCUGAACGAUUCGUUGACCCAAAUGCGCCUAACGAGCCAACAUUCAUCGUAGGUGAUUGGGGUCCAUGUAGUGUCACUUGCGGCGAGGGCAUUCGCAUUCGAAAGUAUGUAUGUAAAAUCUUUCUGGAGUUUUCAAAAAUUGUUGCGACGAUCGAUGACAGCAAAUGUCAUUCAAUGAAACCAGCUGAUGAUUAUGAAAGAUGUUUCAUGGAGCCGUGUUCCUACGCUUAUGGCGGUUAUGAUGAUACAUAUCGUUCAUCAAACCGUGACAGAUUAAACAACGAUCAAAUAAAAGUGCAAGCAGCUGUUCCUGGGAAAUCAUAUUCAUGGCGUGACGAAGGCUAUACGAGUUGUAGUGCUUCGUGUCUUGGUGGUGUUGAAGAGCUCAUAAUCAACUGUGUUCGUGAUGAUACCGGUAAAGUCGUCUCACCGUAUUUAUGUUCACCGGAAACAAAGCCAGAAAAUCGUAUAAGAACUUGCAACGACAUUCCCUGUCCACCACGAUGGAAUUAUUCUGACUACUCGCCAUGCACUAAAUCAUGUGGCAUUGGGAUUAAAACAAGAGAAAUUAAUUGCAUUCAUGAAGUGACACGCGGUGGAGAGAACACAAUGAUCGUUCCAAACAGCAUUCCACAUCCAGCCCCACCAGACCGUCAGUAUUGUAAUGUUCUUGAUUGUCCAGCUCGUUGGGAAGUUGGUGAGUGGUCGCGUUGCACAAAACCUUGUGGCGGUGGUCAAAAGGAUAGGACAGUCUUAUGUAAACAAACAAUGGCGCAAGAUCAUAAAGUCGGAAGACUCGAUUCAAUGUGUCCGGGUUUAAAGCCUCCAGAUAAGAAAGCUUGUAAUAUGAAACCAUGUGCACCAGAAGAUGACAGACCAAUCAUUUCAACAAGCGAAUCAAAAUACAUUCAACAUGAUCCCAACAUGAAGAAAAUCAGCUUGAAAGUUGGGGGUGCUGCCACAAUUUUCUAUGGCACGCAAGUGAAAAUCAAAUGCCCUGUGAAGAAAUAUAAUCGUACGAAGAUAAAGUGGAGUAAAGAUCACAAUUAUUUGCCAAAAUCACGCAAAUAUAAGGUGUCGAAGAAAGGAGCUCUUCGGAUACUUGACGUAACAUUUAAAGACGCUGGAGUGUUUACAUGUCAUGCUGGUAUGUCUGUUGCCGAUAUCACAUUAACCAUAAAACCCAAGCCCGGUGAAUUCCCUUCAAGUGAGGAGAAUGAUAGAGGUCGGGAUAUAGGUGGUAAAAUUAAAUAUAGCGACUCACCGCAAUCUUCAGUGCAUGGACGAAACUCAAGCUAUCAGAAAACCCGUCAAAGACAGCGGCAACGUAACAAACAGCGAGUCAAUGACAAUCCAGUUAACGUGGAUGGACAACCAAAUCAAGAAGAGGAACCAUUACAGUCCCAUUCACAAAUGACUCAUUCAGACAGUACAUCUUUAACGCCGACAACGAGUUCAGGCAAUCGAAAUCUUCCUCUAUUGCCUCAUUUAGAGCAUUUGUUGGCUAGUUUGCAGUUUCUUUGGCCUUUUCAGACAUUCAGCAAUUCGAAAGGUCAUCAAACGUUGAUGGAGCAACAUCUUAAAUAUUCAAUUGAACCUGGAGAACGAGCAGAACAAGAUGAUCCGUUGGCAAUGCGACAAAAUUCUCCAAAAAUUCUUGACAAAACUAUAACUGAUGAUAUAAAUUUCGAGUACUAUGUUGGUCCGUGGUCAGCAUGCUCGCAAACAUGCGGUUCGAACGAUAGCGGUUAUCGACUUCGAACCGUUCAUUGCAUGGUGCGCAUUGAAAACACUACGAAAAAUGUUGAUAACAUAUUAUGUGAAGACGCCGGCUUAAGGUCGCCUGAUACAUUUGAAAAAUGUGGAAACGAUGAAUGCCCCAAAUGGAUUUCAACUGAAUGGUCGCUAUGUCGAAAAUCAAAAUGUUUCGCAUGGCAUACGGCGCUUCAAAAGCGCGUUGUAAGCUGCUCUUUCAACAAUCAAAGUGUCAGUGACAAAUGCGAUGAAAACGAAAAGCCUACAACUAAACAAGAGUGUUAUAAUGAACUGUGCAAAGGUGUUUGGCGUGUUGAUUCGUGGUCAGAGUGUAACGCUCCAUGCAAUGGUAAAGGAACCAAAUACCGUCUCUUACAAUGUGUUUGGUAUGGAACGAGAAAGUCAGCUGGAAAUGCUUGUAACAAUCAACCAAGACCGGCAGUUAUGAAACCUUGUCGUGGCCCACCUUGUGUCGUUGAUCCAAUGGAUUGUAAGGACAUAUCAAAGUAUUGCAACAAUGUUAAGACGAUGGGACUGUGUCGACUUCAUAGGUUUCAACAGCAAUGUUGUGCGACUUGUAAAUUCAAUAUUUAUAAGAAAAAGUAGCUUCUAUGAUGUGUUCGUUCUUCUAUCUAGCAAAAAAAAAUGCAAAGUGAAAGAAGAAACAUUGCGUUCUGUUGAUGUAUGUUGUUGUAUCACUGAGAAGUUAAAAACUGAUGUAAAUCAUAACUAAUGAAACAUGAAACAACCCCCGCAAUGAAAAAGAAUGAAAAAGCUAGCUCCUUAAAACAUAAAAAUAGAUGAAACAAUUAAAAAUUUAAAUAAGAAUCAAUUAUACGCAACUAAAAUCUAUUUGUCGACAAUGCAUCAUACAUCACUGUUCUUGAGUUUAACCGCCUUUCUUUUUUUUUGUUCCUCCAAGCAUGUCAACUUCCCUUGCAGAAGAAGAAGGAAGAAAUAAGUAAACACAUUUAAAUUUAUCGUUCAUAAAGCUUCGAAAAAAAGAGCUUGAAUGCUCAUAAAAGUAUUUGCAAUUGUUCCGAGGCUAUAACAAUACAAUGACAUGAAAGAAAUAAUUAAACAAGCGAUACUCAGUUACGGAACUAAGUGUAUAUGACAAAAUAAAAUAAAAAAAAGCACAUCAUGCAUGAAAAAGCUCUGUACAUAUUAUGCCAUAGGUAGUGUUAAAUUAAUAUUUAUAAAAAAACAUUAAUUAAUUUUAACGUGUAUAAGAAGAAAUGAGCAGAGAAAAUAAAUGAAAAAUAUUGAAAACGAAAUUUAAAUUGAAAUUUGUACAAAUUUGACGCCGUUUGGCUUUAAAGUC